AUGGGGUAUAACAAUUUCAGCGGGAGCACACCCAAAGAUAUUUGGAACUUAACUCAGAUAAAGACGAUUUACCUUGGCUCCAACUAUUUGACAGGUACCAUACCAAAUGAGAUUGGUCAUCUUCCAUGUUUAGAGGAAUUUGUCCUGGGUGGUAAUAAUCUCAGUGGCCUCAUCCCAACCUCAAUCUUCAAUAUGUCCACAAUAUCAACAAUAUCACUUGACAGCAACCAGUUCUCAGAGAAAGAAAAAGGUGAAAGCUGCAACAGAGACUACCUUCUUGCCUCAACUUCUAUGGAGAAGAGUUUCAUACCAAGUCCUUCUAACGGCGACAAAUGGAUUCACCGAAAACAGCUUACUUGGAGACGGGGUUUUGGCUCAGUAUACAAAUGUCAGACGAACUUUUCCUUGAACGUCCUUCAGAGGUUGAAUAUAUUGAUUGAUGUUGCGUCGGCAUUGGAGUGCCUUUAUCAUGGUUAUGAAACACCUAUUAUCCAUUGUGAUUUGAAGCCCAGCAAUAUAUUACUAGAUGAUGAUAUGGGUGCACAUGUUGCUGAUUUUGGCAUCGCAAAACGCUUGGGUGGAGGAGAUUCUAUGACUCGAACCAUGACCCUUGCCACAAUCGGUUAUAUGGCUCCAGAGUAUGGAAUGGAAGGAAUGGUAACCAGAAGAGGGGAUGUGUAUAGUUUUGGUAUUGUAGUGAUGGAGACAUUCACAAGAAGGAAGCCAAUUGAUGAGAUCUUCGCUGGGGAAAUGAGUUUAAAGCUAUGGGUUGCAAAUUCAUUAGAUGCAGGGGCGGUAGUUAAAGUUGUGGAUGCUACUUUACUUGGAAUAGAGGAGGAUCAUGAUUUUGUGAGCUAG